UCCGUAAAUGGAGAAUGCAGUUAUAGUCAUCCAGGCAGCAAACGAGGUUAUGUAGAAACGAUCGAUGAUAGAUUGAGCAAGAUUGAACAUGUAUUAACGAAAUACCUGGAAGGUGCCGAUGCUCAACAGCAAGCUAUUAUUCAUAAAGUCCCAGAUAAAGCAGAUGAAGAUCCAGAAAUUGAUGUGCAUGACACUGUAAAUAAGAUGAAUGCAAAUUUGCAAACAAGUGUGCUAGUUGAUUCGAUGUCUUCACUUUCAUUGAAACAGAGUAGUAGAUUUAUUACUGUUAUUCAUAAAGAUGAUCCAUCUGAAAUUAAUGAAGGCAGUAGCGUUGUCCCCGAAGAAUUCCAACAAUUCGUCGAACCUCCACUUCCGGAGUCUUACAAGGGUUCACAAGAAUUACCUCCAAAAGACCUAAUGGAUCAUUUGAUACAAAUCUUCUUUACUCGUAGCUACGGAUCACGAGCUGCUAUUAUACAUAAACCAACAUUUAUCAAGAUGAUUAAUGAUAAAAAUAAUAAACCUUCUAUUUUCUUAUUGAAUUCUAUGAUGACUUUAGCAAGUGUUCUUACAGAUGAUCCGAGAACACGCACAGAUCCGGAAAAACCGGAAACUUCCGGCGACAUCUUUUUUGAACGUGCUUUAAGCCUAAUGGAUGAUUUCAUGGACAGAGCUCGCCUUUCUACCGUACAGAUUGAUGAAGAUGGUGAUGAUGCCCAAUAUAUUAUCAAUUUCUUUCAUCAAUCAAAACUUAUAAAAAUAUACGGUAAUAUUUUACACUCAAAACCUUACUUCUAUCAAUCCGGAUUUUUGCGUAACACAUUACCAGCCAUUGAUGCCACCCUAAGUUCUUGGUUGUUAGCUUUACCUCCUCAAUUACAAUAUAAUCCAAGUACCGUUAACGAACCAGAUCCUCCAAUAUCACCUUAUACUGCCUAUCUACACCAAUUGUAUUAUACUGUUGUCAUUGCUCUUCACAGGCCUUACAUAGAUUCAGAUGAAUUUCCAAAUAUUAAUUCACGAAGCGUAUGCAAUCAAGCUGCAAUAAGUAUCACAAAAUUGUGCAGUUACAUAUCCCCAAAUAGAGAUACAUUAGUCUCCUAUGGAGUUAUUGUUUAUUCCAUAGCACAGGCUUGCUCAAUACAUUUAAUUAACAUGAGUGAUUUGGAUUCGUAUAAAAUCGGAAAAAUGUACAUGGAGAAAUGUCUUGAAUAUCUUGAAAGUUUGAUAAAGGAAACUCGAUUAGGUGAUCUAGUCAAUUGCGGUUUAAAGCAAUGUUAUGAAUUACUAAAAGCUUUGUAUGAUAUGCAAUUGUCUAGAAUGGGGGAUCCAAAAGUUUUUGCUCAAAAAUCUAUCAAAGGUGGUUUGGAUGAUAACGAGAAUGACUAUAUUAAUGUAGAUGGUGUUGAUCAAGCCCAAGUGAUUUCUACUCCAUCUCCAUUAAUGCAGCAAGAUCCUAUUGACAUUAGAGGUGAAUCUAACCUGUCGGUCCCAACGCCUGUUAUCAGAACCAAAAAGUCUCCAACAAUAAAAAACCAUACGCGUAAACAAUCUUCAAAAAAUACUACGUCCGCACCAUCAUCUCAUCAACAGAUGACACAACCUACUUCCCACAAAUCUACAUACGUUGAUCAACUUUCACAUCAAUUAAUUCCAUCAUCUUAUUUAACUUCGUUGCCUCGUGAUUCCCCACGGAUAUUUAAAAUAAAUCCUACACCUGAACCAUCCCAUCAAUUUCAACAACCACCUAGUCACCAUGUUCAAGGUGGCGAAUUGCCAAACCACCAAUAUAUGGAUAUGUCCACCAUGGCGUCCUUGGGUAGAUCGCUUGCAGAACCACCUGUUGUUCCGUCAUCAAAUUAUUAUGGGACCAACGAGCUUAAUCAAAAUAUGAUUGAAUUCUCUCAACACGGUUCUGAUAAUGUUUACUUAGGUGAAUGGGAAAUGAUUGGUGUUAGUACACAUCAUCAAAUUUCGAAUACAAACAUAAACAGCACCGUUUCGUUUAAUCAUCCUUCAUUAACAAGUACUUCGUCGAUUUCUAUGAUGGGAUCGUCAUCUGACUCAAAUUCCUCUUCUCAUCAAGAUCAAACAUCAAAUUACAUGACAUUUCCCAUGAACAAUGAUCAUAAUUCAUCCAUUUUACUAAAUAGUAAUCAUACUAUAAUGAGCCAUGGUACACAAGAUUUAGGUGAAAGAGGCGAUGGAUCAGGAUUUCAAUCCGAUACUUUUUUUGAAUUAUGA